UGCAUCAGACAUGUCUUCGAACACACUUGCUAUGUCUCAUAUCUGCGCAGUUAUCAUGCUUCGAGUCGAUCCACGGCGCACAUUAUAGCAAAGUCAGUCUGGGUACGAUGGCAGAAGCUGCGCUGUCGUCCCUGCGGACGUCGAGAGUGCCACAUCUCGCCCUGUCGAUUCUUACAAAACGAGCGAAUGCGCAAUCAAGAACCUUGCCCCAUCUGCACCCAGCCAGUCUACGCAGCCGUUCCCUAUUGCUACCAGUGGCGCCGAGAAAUACGUUCGCCCCACGAUAUGCAUCUACGGGACCUGCGAUACCUGCACCCCGGGUACGACCCCCACCUCUACGAGCUUCACCUCAAACAUCAGAGUCGCGGCAGCGUGAUUUGCGAGCGUCGCACGAACAAACGGUCCCUAUCCGCUCAUUCGGAGGCUACUUCUGGGCGGUGUCGAUCUUCGGCUUCGUGCUGUCCACGUACCUAGCAUACUUGUAUUCGUCGUACAAACGUGCAGUCAAAGAAACGGACCAGCUUGAUCUGCCGCAGAACGCCGACGUGUCGAGCCGGUGGCUGGAUGUAACACGAAACUUUGACGACGAGGUCGAGUUUUCAGAGAAAUUGAUGUGGUUGGGCGGCAAACGGCGGAAACUGUGCAAAGAGGCGUACGGGAAUGUGCUGGAAGUCAGCGCCGGGACAGGGCGAAACAUGGAGUACUAUAACCUUGACUCGGUGAGGACCCCCAGGGACAAGAGGAUAAGGAGUCUGGUAUUCAAUGACCUGAGCGAGAUUAUGGUCUAUCAAGCGGAGAAGAAGUUCGAUGAGUUGCAGGAGGAGAAAGAGCAGAUUGCCAAGUUCCGUGGGCCUGUGAAGUUCGUGGUUGGAGAUGCCAGCGACAGACGCAUCAUCAGUCGGCCGGAGGGUGGGUUUGAUACAAUUUUACAGACCAUGGGAGUGUGCAGUAUGGCAAAUCCAGUUGGCUUUCUCAGAAGAUUGGGCCAGCUUGUCCGACAGCCCGGAGAGAAGAGCACGGGCGUAGACGUGAGUCUCCCACCAGAAGAGAAGCCAGGACACGACUAUGGCGAGGCUGCUAAGGAACAGAAUCGCGCGAAGGAGACAGAUGAAAGGGACAAGGGUGGUAAAAUUCUGCUUCUCGAGCACGGUCGGUCGUAUUACAACAUUAUCAAUCGGUUCCUUGAUGGCAAUGCGAAAAUGCAUGCUCACCGGUAUGGAUGUUGGAAUAACAAGGAUAUCGACCAGGUCAUUGAAGAUAGUGGCCUGGAGAUUGAGAGUAAGAGGAGGUAUCACUUUGGGACCACUUAUGAAUAUGUUCUGAGGCCGAGAGGGAAAGAGGUCAAGGAGAGACAAUGAGUGGGUGCAGUAAAGUCUGGUGUGAAAGACCGUAAGCGCACGAGGCUGGCAGAAAUAGGGGAUUUGACGAUUGUUAUCGUUUGAGGCACGUGAAACGCAUCCUCAUCUCGAACAUCAAGGCACGCAACACCGGUACAUACCUCGAAACAGGCCUUCUAAUCGACGAACGCAUGGCAUCAGUGUUGCGCUCCGGGUUAUCCCAAGUUUUGUGCUUGAACGGGCAUGAAUGCACGUGGGUUGCAUCUCCGGCAGUUCCAGGCCACGCAGCCCUCGUCCCUCUCGUGUCGUAUCCGGGACAAGACAUGCGAGUAAGAUGCAGGCACGGCAGGAUAAUCUUACCAAACAGGUGAGACGCCAAGGCGAUGCGUGACGAACUUUCGGC